AUGGAACACUACAAUACUCUUGGUGAAGUUGUCUAUAAUGAGAAGGUCAAACAUUGGCGUUUCAGAGUGAAAAUCAUAAGGAUCUAUUCUUUCUAUUCCUAUGUUACCGGCAAAGGACCACACCAUGUUUAUGUCCUAGCAAAUGAACAUGAUACCAAGAUGGAGAUGACCAUCUAUGAUAUAUAUGGAGGUGGGUUUAGAGGCCUAGAGAAGCAAGAGGGCAAAUGGGUGGAAAUCUUUAUUGUAGAAGUUGGCCGUGCCCUUUCAGGUUUCAAGGCAGCAAAAUCCAAAUUCACACUAACUGCUACUGACGAUACCCAAAUCCAUAUUAUCGAUCCUCUUAAUGAUCAGCUUUACUUUGAGUUCAAAGGCAUUCAUGAAAUCUCUCACAUGAGAUACAAGGAGAGAAAAUUUUCCAUAGUCGUCUUUAAGACGGAAGCUCAUUUCAACGAUCCUGAAGGACCAAAGAUGAUAAAAUGUGUGGCAACUAAGAAACAUGCUAACAUCUUCCGGAAAGGGUUUGAAAAUAGGGGAGAUCGUCGACAUGUGAUUGUGGUCCUUAAGAUGUGGAGGGUCCCUUAUUCUGGUUCUAUAGAAGAAUGGCUUCAGACCGAGGGGGACUUAUCUGACUUCAGGUUCAAUCCGGGCUUGCCGGAGCUAGAGGAACAAUCGGUCAAUAACAGUGACCCUUAUGUUCGGAAGUACGGAUCUAUUGGGACUUUGUAA